AUGGCUUCAAGACCAGCACCGGCCAAGCCAUGGGAACGAGCUGGCGUAGCUCCCCAGGCGGCCGCAUCGGCCCUGCAUGCGUCGAGCACUAGCACGGUCACGCCCUCGUCCGCCGCCGGUGCGUUCUCAUCCGGCGCCGCCAACACGGGCACCAGCUCGGGUUCGGCCGAAGCCCCCUCCCUUCCCGAUCGACCUGUUACGAUGGCUACCGGUGAGUGCAUAAUAUAUAUAGUUGGAUUUACUGCCCCCGCCACACUCGAUCUGCCCAUCAUACGCUCUGGCUAGCCCGCUGACUGCAUGGUCUCAUUCCAUUCCCGCUUCUGCUCGCGGCCUCGGCGGCGGUCUUAGGCUCUACUUAUGGCCCGAACACCGUAAGUCUUGUGUGCUGCGUUGUGCUGCGGUAUCGCCGAAAUGCUACAAUCGCACCAGUCCCGUCUUUGCUCUCAGCGCUCGAUUCGUGUAGUAGUCGGGCGGCAUUGUCAGCUGCACAAGCAGCGUUCCGGGCCGAGUGCGAUUGGCAAAUGUACCGAUCUCUCUCAAGAACUGAUGCGAAACCACAAUUACUGCUUUCGUACCCUCUAUCACAGUACGGUAACGCGUCGCGGUACGGUACGGCGGCUGGUUACGGCACUAAUGCGGCACCCUACGGCUCGUCCUACUCGCGUCUCGGCUCUUACGGUUCGAGCUACGGCUUGGGCUCGUACGGCGGCAUGGGCUCGUACGGCUCGUAUGGUAUGGGCGGUAUGGGCAGUAUGGGCGGCAUGGGCAUGGGCGGCUAUGGCCUGGGUAUGGGUGGGUACGGGAUGGGCGGGUACGGGAUGGGCGGUUAUGGGAUGGGCGCCCCGGGGAUGAUGGGCUCCGACGGCGCGAGUUUGACUCAAAGGAUGGAGAGCGGCACGGCCGCAACUUUUCAGGUCAUCCAGUCAAUCGUAGGCGCGUUCGGAGGGUUCGCACAAAUGCUGGAGAGCACGUUCAUGGCAACGCAUUCGAGCUUCUUCGCGAUGAUUGGUGUGGCCGAACAAUUUGGGCACAUUCGGUCAGUUUCCGGGCACUUCCGAAGCUUCUUUCUCACCGACAAUUCCGAGCCACGUCUCACCGCAUGCCAAUUUUCCUUUGUGACCAUUGUAGCAACUAUCUUGGGCAAGUCCUCUCGAUAUUCGCUCUCAUCCGAUGGGUUCGGUCUCUCGUCGAUCGAUUGUUAGGCCGGGCGGCUAGACCCGAGGGCCUCAACGCCGAGGGCUUCCGAGCGUUCGAAGCCACCACCGGUGGAGUCAACGGGACCGCCACUGCGGGGCCUUCGACACACAAGCUCUCCAAGAAGCCCCUCAUGGUAUUCUUGCUCACCGUUGUGGGCCUGCCGUGGCUCAUGGCUAGGGUCGUGCGCAUGAUCACCGCCCGGCAGGAGGAGGAACUGCGACUACGUGCGCUCAACCCAGGCGCUUUACCGCCUUUGCUUGAUCAAUACGGCCGCCCGCUUCCCGACCAGCCCCUGGCCACAGGGGGCCCGCUUGAUCCAUCUUCACUGACUUUCGUCCGUGCAACAUUCCCCUACAACGCCUUGAACGGCGAGGAACUGAGCUUUGGCGAGAACGACAUCAUCGCUGUGCUAACGCCUGAAGCUGAGCGAGCCACGGCUGGUUGGUGGCAGGGCCGAUUGAGGGACGGAACGAUUGGCUUCUUUCCGUCCAACUACGUCACGUCAUUGCCGCUCAAGGGCCAAAACUCCGUGGAAGCCAAAACACGAGCGAUCGAAUCGGGCGACGGUCGCCAGGACCGUCCCGGUGCCCCAUCUGCUGCAACAGGCUCAUGA